AUGAACGAACCUGGUGAAGCAGGAGAGAGGAGGAACGUGGUAGAUCCCCUGCUAUGGCACGCCUGUGCCGGACGACUGGUUCACGUUCCUCCGGUCAAUGCGAAUGUGUUUUACUUCCCUCAGGGCCACGUCGAGCUUGCCGGAGCCAACGCCGAUUACUUAGCCGCAUAUAGAGUUCCGCCGAACAUUCACUGCCGAGUCACGGCCGUGGAGUUCAACGUGGAAUUAGAUAGCGAUGAGGUUUUCACCAGGAUUAGUCUCGUCCCGUUGCCGAUUGAAGCCUAUAUCGAGGCCAUCAACCGCGACUGGGUCGACGACGUUCUGGGCGGGAUUGUGAACUUAGAGAGACCGCAGUUUUUUUCUAUGGUGCUUACACAAUCCGACGCUCACAAUGGCGGUGGUUUCUCAGUUCCGAAGAAACUGGCGGAGACUAUUUUUCCGGCAUUAGAUUACAAUGAUGAUCCGCCGGUUCAGACUCUUCGAGCCAGGGAUGUUCAGGGCAGGAUUUGGAGGUUUCGGCAUGUGUAUAGGGGGAGGCCUCUUCGGCAUUUGUUGACUACAGGUUGGAGUAAAUUCGUUAACGCCAAGAAACUGGUAGCCGGAGACUCGAUCGUGUUCUCGAAGGCUGAGAAUGGCGAGGUCUCUGUCGGAAUCAGGCGAGUGAAGAGGGAAAGUAGGGUAGGAAGAAAGAGGGCUGAGAGUGCUAUUGAAGCUGUAAAUAAUGGUACCACAGAGUUCUGCGUUGAGGCCACGGCGGUGUAUGCGGCGGUGAUGAGGAAGAGUCAGUUGGGCCCUGGGGCAAGAUUUAAGAUGGCUUUCGAGAGUGAGGAUUCCUCUCGGGUGAGCUGGUUCAUGGGAUCCAUUAACUCUGAUGUAGAUGAUCAACCAAGCCGCUGGCUUGGUCCUCCGUGGCGCCUUCUACAGGUGACAUGGGAUGGAGGAGAUAUCAAAUUUGUGAGGUGCAUCAACCCAUGGUUGGUCCGAGUGGUGAGCACACAUACCAUCCAAAACAAUGACCGUGACCGUGACCGUGGCCGUGGCCGUGACCGUGACCGUGACCGUGACCGUGACCGUGACGGCACACAUGCAGCCAAGCAAUUGGAGAAGUCCACCAAUACUGAAAACAACAACAACCAGAUACUUCACUUAUUUGGUGUACGCAUAGACACUGGACAAAAGAGCUGUCUCUAA